AUGAAGCUUGUUUCGAAUCAUAUCAAUAUUAAUGCACAAAAUAUUGGUGGAAAAGCUGCCCUGCAUUUUGCAGUAAUAUCUAAAAGUAAAGAAAUGACUGAGUACCUCAUCUUAAAUGGUGCAGAUGUAAACAUUCAAGAUUUAAGUGGAUGGACAGCUCUUCAUUAUUCAGCUGAGUUGAAUUUGCCAGAUAUAGCGGAAAUUCUAAUUUCUCAUGGUGCAGUUAUCAACGUCAAAGAUAAAAAUGGAAAAACUCCACUUGACCAAGCUAAAAAAUGGAAAAUUAAACAAAUGCAAGAAAUUCUUCUUUCUCAUGGUGCCAAUACUUCAUAA